AUGGAGUUGUGGUCUAGCUUCGCUAAUCCCACCGACACUCUGUUGCCUACCCAGAAUCUAGAACUUAAUGGGAAUCUGUCAUCUCGCCGGACAGAGACAAGCUUCAAAAAAGGAAAAUUCUUGCUACGUCUAGGUGGUGACGGAGAUCUUCAGCUUCUCGUUCCCAACCCCAAGACGCUAGCCGAAACAGAUGAAUACUUGUCGUACUACGCAAGUAAUACUAACGGUAGUCGAUUAGUUUUCAACCAGUCAGGCAACAUGUAUGUUGUUCAAAGAAACAAUUCGAGAUUCUAUAUUAUCAAAAAUGAAGCUCCCGUACCUUCUAUAGACUUCUAUCUCCGUGUUGUUCUACAUUUCGACGGGGUUUUCGGUCUGUACUAUCAUCCUAAAGGGCAGGGGAAUAGUGGGUGGAAGUUGGCUUGGUCCGAGCCGGAUAAUAUAUGUGCGAGCUCCUCAGGUAUAAGGAAUGUAGCGUGUGGGUUUAACAAUAUAUGCAGUUUGGGAGAUAAUAAGAGGCCGAAAUGUCAAUGCCCCGAAAGGUUCUCAUUGAUGGAUUCUAGUGACAAGUAUGGUGAUUGCUUGUCGGAUUUCGAGAUGCAGACUUGUGAUCAAGUGGAUAACAAAACCGCAAACGCAAACGCGGAUGUAAAUCUUUUUGAGUUUAUUCGUCUAAACCGCACAAAUUUCGCUUACGGAGAUUACGAGAUGCACCGAAACUAUGAUGAAGAACGCUGUAAAGAUUCUUGCCUUAACGACUGCUUUUGUGCUGCGAUUGUUUUCGAUCGGGUAUGUUGGAAGAAGACGUCUCCGUUGUCUAACGGUCAGAGAUAUUCGCUUGAUGGUACACCAAAUAGCGUUACACUCAUUAAGGUUCGAAAACGCGCUGCUGUUGAUGUUCCAAUCACCAGAAAGAAAGGGAAAAACCGUCUCUGGUUAAUCAUCGCUUGCCCGGUUCUGCUUGGAACUUCAGCUUUUGUGACUUUCAUAUUAGUUGUUCUGUAUAGAAAGAAGAACCUGAAACAAGCGAGAGAUAUCACUGCUGCUACAGAUUCAUCUACUGCAGUUGAGUUGAAUCUGAGGGUCUUUACAUACAGCGAGCUCGUCGCGGCUACAAAAGAUUUCACGGAAGAGCUUGGAAGAGGAGCCUUUGGGAUUGUCUACAAAGGAUUUUUUAAAGUAACCGCUGAUUCGGAAGUUACCGUGGCUGUCAAGAAACUAGACCGUGUUGCUCGAGAAAACGAGAAAGAGUUCAAUAAUGAGAUCAAAGCCAUAGGACAGACUCACCACAAGAAUCUUGUGAGGCUCAUUGGCCUCUGCAACGAAGGGCAGAGCCGAUUGAUAGUCUACGAAUUCUUACCGCACGGGACGCUAGCCGAAUAUCUCUUCAGGCGUCCAAGACCUAGCUGGGAAGAUAGAAGGAAAAUUGCGUUUGGGAUUGCCCGAGGAAUCUUGUAUCUACACGAAGAAUGUAGCGAGCAGAUCAUUCAUUGCGACAUAAAACCGCAAAACAUACUUCUAGAUGAGAAUUACGGUCCCCGGAUCUCGGAUUUUGGUCUAGCAAAGCUUCUGAUGAUGAACCAAACGCACACGCUAACAAACAUCCGCGGAACAAAAGGCUAUGUGGCGGCCGAGUGGUUCAGGAAUAGUCCCAUUACAACCAAAGUGGAUGUCUAUAGCUACGGAGUAAUGCUUUUGGAAAUCGUGUGCUGCAAGAAAGCCGUUGAUCUUGAGGAAAACGUGAUUCUCAUCGAUUGGGCGUACGAUUGUUUCCGACAAGGGAAGUUGGAGGAUCUGAUCGAAGGCGAUUUAGAGGCGAUAGACGACAUGGUGAUGGUGGAGAGAUAUGUGAGAAUAGCGAUAUGGUGUAUACAUGAAGAGCCAGGGAUGAGGCCUAACAUGAGAAAUGUUACACACAUGCUUGAAGGGGUGGCUCAAAACAUCAUUAACGGCUCUGUUCCUGUCGGACAAUCUCUCACAGCUUCAGAGUCUCAACAAUUCUCCAAUUCAUGGCUUUCUCCGUCCGGUGACUUUGCUUUCGGAUUCCGCAAAAUCCAACCAAACGAUGGUUUCACUCUCUCCAUAUGGUUCGACAAGAUUCUCGAAAAAACCAUCGUGUGGCACGCACAGGUCAACACAACCGCCGGUCUUGUCCCCGAUGGUUCGAAGGUUACACUAACCGAGGAUCGCGGUCUGGUUCUCACUGACCCUCGAGGCCAAGAGCUCUGGAGAUCUUCACUACCUCAGAGUAGUGGCUCUGUUUCUCGACGGCGCAUAAGCGACACCGGAAAAUUUGUUCUGUUAAGCGAAGAUAUCGACACGGAGUUGUGGUCUAGCUUCAGUAAUCCCACUGACACUUUGUUGCCUACUCAGAGUAUAGAAGUUGGAGGUAAUCUCUCAUCUCGCCGGACGGAGACAAGCUUCGCAAAAGGAAGAUUCCUGCUACGUCUAGGUAGUGACGGAGAUCUUCAGCUUCUCGUUUUCAACUCCAAGUCACUAGCAGAAACAGAUGAAUACUUUUCGUACUACGCAAGUAACACUAACGAUCCUCAGAAUCCCGGGAUUCGAUUAGUUUUCAAUCAGUCAGGCGACAUGUAUGUUGUUCAAAGCAACAAUUCGAGAUUCUCUAUUAUCAAAGAUAAAGCUCCCGUACCUUCUAGAGACUUCUAUCUCCGUGCCGUUCUACAUUUUGACGGGGUUUUCGCUCUGUACUCUCAUCCCAAAGGGCAGGAAAAUAGUGAGUGGAAGUUGGCUUGGUCUGAGCCGGAUAAUGUAUGUACGAGAUCCGCUGCAGUCAUGAAUAUAGCUUGUGGAUUUAACAAUAUAUGCAGUUUGGGAGAUAAUAAGAGGCCGAAAUGCCAAUGCCCCGAGAGGUUCUCAUUGGUGGAUUUUAGUGACGAGUAUGGUGAUUGCAAGCCGGAUUUCGAAAUGCAGACUUGUGGACCAGAUGAUAACAAAACCGCAAACGCGGAUAUUCUUGCCUUAGCGACUGGUUUUGUGCUGCGGUUAUUUUCGGAGCUCGUCGCGAUCAGGUAUGUUGGAAGAAAGUUUCCGCUGUCUUUCGGUCAGAGAUCUUCGAGUGGUGAUAGCGAUACAUUCAUUAAGGUUCUAAAACGCGCUGCGGAUGUUCCAAUUACCGAAAAGAAGGGGACAGACCGUGACUGGUUAAUCAUCGGUUCGGUUUUACUUGGAACUUCAGCUUUUGUGAAUUUCAUAUUCGUUGCUCUGUAUAGAAAGACGAAGAGUAAGAAGAAGCCGAAUCAAGCGAGAGAUAUCGGUGCUGCCAUAGCUACGGCUACUGCAAUUGAGUUGAAUCUGAAGGUCUUUACGUACAGAGAGCUUGUUGCGGCUACAAGAAAUUUCAUGGAAGAGCUUGGAAGAGGAGGCUUUGGGAUUGUUUACAAAGGAUUUUUAAAAGUUACCGGUGAUUCUGAAGUUACCGUGGCUGUCAAGAAACUAGACCGUGUAGCUCAAGAAAACGAGAAUGAGGUUAACGUGAUAGGUCAGACUCACCACAAGAAUCUUGUGAGGCUCAUUGGCUUCUGCAACGAAGGGCAGAGCCGGUUGAUCGUCUACGAGUUCUUACCGCACGGGACGCUAGCCGAUUAUCUCUUCAGGCGUCCGAGACCUAACUGGGAAGAUAGAAGGAGAAUCGCGGUCGGGAUUGCCCGCGGAAUCUUGUAUCUACACGUAGAAUGCAGCGAGCAAAUUAUACACUGCGACAUAAAACCACAAAACAUACUUCUAGAUGAGAAUUACUGUCCGCGGAUCUCGGAUUUUGGUCUAGCAAAGCUUCUGAUGAUGAACCAAACGCACACGCUCACGAACAUCCGCGGGACAAAAGGCUAUGUGGCGGCCGAAUGGUUCAGGAACAGUACCAUUACAUCCAAAGUGGAUGUCUAUAGCUACGAAGUAAUGCUUUUAGAAAUCGUCUGCUGCAAGAAAGCCGUCGAUCUUGAGGAUAAUGUGAUUCUCGUCGAUUGGGCGUACGAUUGUUUCCGGCAAGGGAGGUUGGAUGAUUUGAUCGAAGACGAUGUAGAGGCGAUAGACGACAUGGAGACGGUGGAGAAAUAUGUGAAAAUAGCGAUAUGGUGUAUACAAGAAGAGCCAGGGAUGAGACCUAAGAUGAGAAAUGUUACACAGAUGCUUGAAGGUGUGGCUAAUGUUCAUGAUCCUCCAAACCCUUCUCCUUAUAGUACCUUCACUUGUGAUGACCAGUCUGUUUCUAGUGGUCCAAUGUCACUUGUUUGA